AUGUCUGUUGUUCGAGCGCGGGCGAAAGCUAGCUUCCAAAAGAAACCUGGUUACUUGGUGCUCACUCAACGCAGCCUCUCAUGGACCGAGGACAAGCAAAAAGAGCCACGACUCAACCUUCCCAAUACAUCUCUGCAAAAGAUGUUCUUUAGUAAACCUGGAAGCGCCUCGACCUCCAUGAAAGUAAUGGAUGGUCCUGACCCAAAAAUCAACGCCUAUACAUUCGUGUUCACGUCGCUGAAAGCAGUGGCAGAAGGGAACAAUUUUAAAGAGCUGAUAACCAACAUUCUCACGGCAAAUAUUGCCCAGCAACAGGCGGCAGCUCGUGAACAAGCUCCUGCUACUGAUACACAAGCUGCUGCACCAGUCACUAUAACACCACGAGCAGACCGACCUUUGAGCGUCAAUGAUCUACGAAAGUUUGUCUUGCUGAAGCGAGCGGAUCUGGCGGCACUUCACCGUGAGCUUGUAAUGACCGGGAACCUCACUGAAACAGAGUUUUGGGCGGGUCGUGAGCAUCUGCUAUCCGCAGAAGAGUCCAUUGAGCGCCAACGCAAAGGCCGCCCAACUCAGAUGCUCGAAUUGCGAGGUGCGGGGACAAACGAAAAGGGCGAUAUCAAAAUUACCAUCACACCCGAACGUGCUCAGCAAAUAUUCAUCGAAUUCCCGGUUGUGAAGCGUGCGUACGACGAAAACGUGCCCGAUCCGCUAUCCCCAGUGGAAUUCUGGACCCGGUAUCUUUCUUCCAAACUGUUCGAUCGAAAUCAAGCAUCUUCGCGCUCAGCAGCCGCCCAACAUACCAUCAAAGACGACCCGAUCUUCGACAAGUAUCUACAAAAGGAAGAUGAUGGUGAUGAACCCUUGCAUCAGCGCGCCCCACCAUCCACUCUACUUAUCGACCUUAAUGCGACGCAUGAGGAUCAUGGAGAGACAGGGAACUCGAAAGACUUCACGAUGAAAGCAGGAGGCUUACGUUCAACACUGCCGUUGAUUCGCAAAUUCAAUGAGCACUCUACCAACGUUCUCGAUGCUGGCCUUCAACCCUCAAAACGUCAACGCAUAGGGAACAUGGACGAACUUUACUACUCUCAACUGGAUAUGGAAGAUUUACGAGGUCCACAAUACGACGCGGGAAUCGAACUUGGCCUGCAGGCCAGUAGUCGGAUAUUGGACUCUGAUAGUUUGGAAAACGAGUCUGAGAAUGGGAAGCGCUCUGAGCCGGUGGAUCCACGCGCUUUGGUCGGAACACUUCGAUCAUGGCAUAAUAACUUGAGCAAGUUUGCCCCAGGAAAAAAGCAGGUUGAAGAUGCUUUUACGUCCUUGUCCCAAAAUGUAACCGAAAGAGUAAACGUUAAAUCACGAAAAAAUAAUUUGCCAGACGACCUACUGCAGGCCAUGGGUAACCUUCAAGCUGCUACAGCCGAAUUUUUACGCCAAUUUUGGUCCGCUUUAUAUGACGACAAAGAUUUUGCGAAGGACCACGUUGAGAAGAUGGCUUCCUACUUGGGGAGCACCUACGGCAAAAUUGCCCCUAUGAUGACUGCAGCCCGGAAUCAGGGUCACGACCCCCAAGUCGUUCGGGAUGCCUUCACUCCAACACUGGACGCAGUAAACAAAGCACUUGCCAUAUACAAAGCGCGAGCUUCAGUUUAA